ACGAAAAAUUCUACGAAAAAAAAUUUCAUUCAUUUCGUUGAAAGUUUUUCAAUUUUUUAUUGCUGCAAAUUUCGAUUUAGAAAACAGUUUAUGGUUGUGAGAUCGGUGAUUAUUAUUAUUAUAGUGUUCGAAAUAAGUGUAAUAUUGUAAAAUGCAGUGAACGUAAAUACUCGUUUAAUUUAUUCUUCGACGAGUCCGUUGAUGAUUUCACAAUGAAUUACCAAAUACGUAGUUCUUGAUAAAGGAAUGCGGAAUUUUUUAAAUGUUUCACGAUCAAACGAACGUAUCAAAAGGCUGCUAACUUACUUGUAAAUUCACCAGCAAUUUUUUAUUUCGUAAAAAGAUUACGUACGCGAAGUGAAGUUUUAAUAGAAUGUUAUAGCGAUGUCUAAUGUCGCCGCGAACACCAAAGAUAGCUGUUUGUCUUUAAAUUCGGAUGGUAUUAGUUUUAAAAACGACGCAGUCAAAAAUGACGAAGAAUCUGCCAAAUCGCAAUCGAAAAAAUUCGACUUUAAUCCCAAAGAACGGUCGCUUAAAGGAUUGGUUAAUUUGAAACAAUCGUUCAGAACGUUAUCAGUACCGAAGAGAGUAACGACGACGGAGAAAGAUAAAAACGAACCGUCGAGAUUUCUCGGAGAUGGGGUAACUUUCAAAGCCAAACUGAUCGGUAUACUCGAGGUCGAAGAAGCCAGAGGAGACAGAAUGUGCCAAGAGGCGCUGUUCGAACUCAAAAUGGCUGUCAGAGCUGCCGGAGAACACAAGCAAAGGAUAAAUAUCGUUAUUGCCAUCGACGGAAUAAGACUGAGGGAUGAGAAAACUGGAGAUUGCCUGUAUCAUCAUCCAGUCCAUAAGAUAUCGUUCAUCGCGCAAGAUGUUGCUGAUUCAAGAGCUUUCGGGUAUAUUUUCGGGUCGCCGGAUACCGGACAUAGGUUUUUCGGAAUUAAAACUGAUAAAGCUGCGAGUCAGGUCGUUAUGGCAAUGCGAGAUUUAUUUCAAGCUGUUUAUGAAUUGAAAAAGAGAGAAGUUGAAAUGGCCAAGCAGAACAUCGAACAGCAUCAGUUGAAAUACGGUAGCUCGUUUUUCCUGGAUUCCAUUUCGGCGUCUUCGUCUAAGAGUGGCAACGAUCCGAUUGGCGUUUCGAGAACCAAAGGCAGUACGGUCGUGGCGCGCGAAGACUCGGCCAUUAAAAGCGCCAGCACGAUAAAAAAUAAAACCCAAACGGCCGGCGUUAUAGCCGACCUAAUGGAUUUAGAAUUAGAAUUGAACAGCCUGCAGCAGGGUCUUAGUCAGAUGGAAAGACUCACGCCGUCCGAUCCGUUCGGGCCGUCUCCGUCAUUACCGAAGGAGGACCCGUUCGGCGAUUCAUUCACGCCGCCUCCGUGCAUCACUACUCCUCCUCCGGCGAAAUUACCUCCGCCGCCGGCCUCCGGAGAUAGGAGGAAAGUUGGCUCUACGUCUUCGGCGGCGUCUCAGCCCGAACUGCAUUGGUUCGAUAAAGAAACCCAGGAUUUGUUCUCCAGCGAGAAAAAUUUGCCCGCUGCGGCCGUCGAGAACGCCGAUAAAGAACCAAAAGGAGACCGAUGGGCGUUCGAACGUAAAGAAAUCACGGCGAAAGACCUGUACGACGUGUUUACUGAACUGGAUCCGUUGGGAACCGGCCGAAGUAAGCCUUAUAUGGAUAAAAAAGACUUCUUCCAAGAAUUAAAAAACCCGCCCAAGAAACUGUUAAAAGACUUAGUGGGUGUAGAGAGCGACGCUGAAGGCGGAACUAAUUCUGCGACGUAUUUUACAGGUGGUAAUUCCUCGAAAUCUAUGUUUUUAGAAGAAUCGUCGUCGCAUUCCGGAACCUCGACAGCUCCCGCCUCCGCCACGGUGACCGACCAACAAAAACUAUACGAAGAGCAUUUCCGCAAAUAUAACUCGGUGGAUUCGGAGCAUCGAGUCGGUUCUUCGGCGUCGGCGGCCGCCGAUGACGCUAGCAAAGAUUCGUAUUUCGAUUCACGCCGACAUCACGACCCGUUCGAGACGAGUUUCGCGAAUUUCGCCGCUUUCGAUGGCCAUCAUCGUAGCGUCGACGAUGCCGGUACAACAACGUCUUCAUCUUUGCAUCACCGGCGAUCGCCUCAGCAAUCUUAUAAUCGAACUAAAUCACCAUCGCAGACGACGAACGAUAAUUACCAUCACCAUGUUUUGAAAUCGUCGCAGAGCAGAUCGUCCGGAUACAAACCUAUAUUGAGCUCGAUGAGCGACGAUUCGUCGUUGAAUAAGAACCAGUGGAGUAAACUACCUCCGGACGAUGCCAGUAAACAAAAGAUAGUGAUUAAUUUACGUAAAGUAUUGUCAAACGCGGACGAUACCGAUAAAGAGAACGACUCGCCGGUCGCCGAAGAGUCGUCGAGCGCUGCAGCUACCAUAUUACGAAACAUGGACGCUAGAUCGUCGGCUCAAGGUGACAUAUCGUCCGAUUCGUUCGAAUCCAUACCGGAACCUCCUCCUAGACCGAUCACCAGCCCAAUCGCAUCACAACCACCACCUUUACCGCCUAAAAAGCUCCAGUUACCGGUGACGAUGAAACCUCCGCCUAGACCAUCGUCCGAUACGAUGUCUCAUUACGAUUAUAUCGAGAAUUACGAAAGCUUAGGAUCGUCCAGGCAGAAGUUAAACGGCGAUAUGCGUAUACCUCCGCUUCCAGCUCCGGCUCGUAAACCGAAAUUCUCGUCCGGAGGGCAUGACAACGAACGAGACUACGGUAGUCGUCACCGACCUCAUAAGCAAUCGUCUUACUCCUCUGAACCGGAGUAUUACCUUACUCCUAUUACGAAACCGUCUUCGUAUCGUGAUCAGCGUGACGACGAGUAUCAUCAUCGCGCCGGCUCACGCGCUCCUCCUAAACCUUCCUCGCUUAAUAUUACACUUAGUCAAUUAACCAGCACCGGAUUCGAAGAUCUCGCCUCGAUGUUACGCAUUCCGGCCUCCACGUUAUCCAAAAUGACGCUCAAAGAAUUGACCGAAUGCCUGUCUCGACUUUCGGACGCCGAUUGCCAGAAACUCGAGAACGAUAUGUGUAACAAAACCAGACACCAGUCCGAACCGAUUUCCAAAUCUAGACCCAACAAGGACGACGACCGGAUCGCUUUCAAGGCCAACUUCGAUGAGAAAUUCCCUCCUAAAUCGGCCGGACCGACUGUGCAAAUCGACAAAUACGCCGUCUUCCGCGAACUAAUCGAACAAGAGGAGAAAAACCAAGCCGAGCAGGCCAUUGUCGAAGCCCAGUCUCAGCCAGAUUCCAGAACAACGCCCGAAGAUGGUGGAGAAACGCCUCCGGUUGAAGUUGCUGCUGCUUCGGCGACCGUUGCGUCGUCGGAUCCAGAUACGAGAAAACAAAGCGAAGACGAUAAAUACGCGGCGUUGAGGAAGAUACCGUCGAUUUUGCCCAAGACGGGAGAAGGUAGCGUUAAAGAGUCAAGCGAGAAAGAAGAUAGCGCUACAGAACACAUGCUACAAGCCGAAGACUCCGAACCGACCGAACCUCCUAAUGUGGUCGCAUUCCAUCGUAAAAAAUCACUCGAAAAAGAAGACGAAAUCACCGAACCGAAAACCGAGCCGAACUCGCCUUCUAUAUCCGUUCCAAUCGACGAACCACUCAAAGAGCCUUGUACUCCGGACGAACACGACGCCAAAGUGGUAUCGGAUACCGAAGAAUUGGGUAAAAAUUGGGCCAAAUUCGAUACAGAAGUCGACGCGAAACAUCCUAAACCGUCUCCUUGGGAAGAAGACGAAGCUAAACGAGGCGAGUUCACGUUCGAUCGAGCCACGCUGAAACCGGCCGAAGAUCCCAAACCGGUACGAUACGCCGCUAAGAAGCAACGUACGCCGAGAAAACGAUGGAACGACGACGAAGACGAAGACGACGACGACGGUAACGACGAAGACUACGGCGACGAUUCCGAAGAGAACUGGGAAUCGUCCAAGAAAAGCCUGGGCAGUUCUUGGGACGACGAGUCGAGCUGGCGAGAGAACGGCUGGAGUGAUCGAGAUUCGCUGUACGAUGACGCCGAGCAAUCACCAACCGCUUCGUCGUAUCGCGAACGAAGGUAUCAACUGAAGAAGAAAGGUUAUCGCAGGAAGUUCUCGCCUCAUAAGAAAUCGGACGAACAUUCGCCUUGGGAAGAUAAACCAGACUGGCAGCAGACUCGUAAAAUGUAUAAAGACUACGUCAAAGACGACGAUCGAAUAUACGACGAGAGGAAAGUUCGAACUCCUCCUUGGACAAUGACCGCAGAACGAGGUAAACGAUACGAAGAGAAAGAAGAAGACGAACUGAAACUAUUGAAAAUGAUGCUCGGCAAAAAACGACUAAAAGCUCUAGAAGAACAGCUCUUCAAACGUUACCAAGAACAAUUCGUAGUCGAGCCGACGAAAAAAUCAUCCUAUUAUAAUUACGUCGGUAAAAACACAGUCAAAGAAUCACCCUGCGAUAGCGAAUACGCCGAUGGAUCCGCUGGCUCGAAACCCGGCCGAUACCCGCCCAAAAAAUACCACUCGCAAAGACCAAAGAGCGCUGACAAGGGCAGAAAACCGUUAACACUUCGACCCGAUGACGACGACGCCGAAGAAAUCUACAUCAAGAAAUACCACCGUAGACCGUACAGCCAAGACGAACUGAGUAUUUCCGAAGAAGAAAGAUGGGCCGCUCAUAAAUCGCCCGUAUACUCGAAGAAACCGAACCGUAGUCGUAACCAGAGCCAAACAUCCCCGUUCGAAGAUAAUUUCUCGCCUCAACCGUACGAUUACACCGAUCCCGCAGAACCUACGCAUAAAAAGAACUCUCGCCACGGCAGCGCCACCCUGAAAAAACCAGAUUCCAAACGUCCCGUAGAACUGCACCCUUACACAGCGUACGAUUUCAAAUCCGGUCGCAGUAGUCGAGAGUCUAGUCAACGACAAUCCCCCUUCGAAGACGAUUUCACACCACCGGACGUACAAAAAUGCAGCGAACGUAGCAGCGACGUGAGUAAAGAUAGCGGAGGCGAUCGCCGAAACGACGACGAGGUCUUCUUCAGCGCCGGAACAUCGGACUCGAGAAGCUUACGUAAUUCCCGAUCUAGUCGCAUGACCCGAUACGAGCACAGCAAACGAAUGGACAGACCUAGUAAACAUUACGAGAACGUCGAAGUACGCAAGAAAACACCGGACUCGUAUUACGAUAAAUUACCCAAAGACAAGUACAAGUAUUCGGCCAAAGAAAGCAACGGUGAACCGAGCCAGGACCUUAAGAGUCCCAAAAAAGCCACCAAACAUCCGAACCAACGUCACGAUCCGUUCAACGAUAACGUCGUACAAGGCUACGAAUCGAAAACCAUGCCCAGAUUGCAUAAAACCAAAAGCAAAAGUAAAAUGCAAUACGACGACAGCGCCAGCGAUUCCGGUACCGAAGCUGGUGUCAAAUGGAAAGACGACCUUACCUCGUUUACGUUCGCCGAACAGCAUGCACGUAAAUGAGAAUUUCGAAAGGUGAUUCCUCGUGUGCAGGAGAACCGAGUAAUCAAGUCGAAUAAACAAGGAAUCACUUAUAAAAUGGGUAAAAUAUUAGGUCGUAUGAAAAAAGUAGUUAGUAAAAUUUUGGUGUGAUGGAGCAUUUUUUUUUCUUUUUUUUUUUUUUUUGUACGUUAUUUACUCAAUCGCGCUGCCUUUCGUAAUCGUUGUUCGUGUUCGUGUUUGUAGAAGUGUUAUUACGUCAUGUCAUUAUUUUUUCAUGUACAAAGAACCAAAACCACACGUGGAUAAGUUUGUAUUUUUAUAUAUUAUUGUGAUCUGUCUGUCCUUUUUAUUUUGUUUUUUUUUUCGUGUUGGUGUGUUUUUUUUCUUUGUAUUAUUAUUAUUUUUUUCUCUCUUUUAUACCGAUUGUAUAAAUGGUAAAUUUUUUUUCUUAUCUGUAGCGAGGAAAUUUUACGAUAGAACUGAUUUUUAAUUUGGGAAUCUCUUAAGGUGUGAUUAACUAGUUACGAUCAAAUAGUGUUAACAAUCGAUCAAAUUUUUUUUUAUUUAUUUUUUUUCUUUCGUAGAAUUAAGAUUUUUAUUUAUUGACUCGAUGAUAUUAAUCGUCGAGUAAAUUAUGUGCCAUAGUAUUCUAAUCGUUUAUUUUUUCGAAUGAAAUCAUUACCUUAGUUUACUCCGUAAAAUUUAUCCUUUGUACGGGGAUGCUUUUGUAUAAAUUCCGUUUUCACUACGGAAGUAAUCUAGUAACCAGUUUGGUUAAAAAUUCUUUGACAUUUUUAUUUUAUAUGUGAUUAAUUGUUUGUGGUUGUGCUUCAUCGCUGAUGUGUUUUUUGUUUUUUUUUUUUUGUUUUGAGUGUGUUGAAAUAACGUCUUGUGUUCCGAAAGUGCAGCUUUUUAUUCACUUACUUACUAGACUGAAAUUGAUCUGAUAUCGAUGUUGAUGUUUUAUUGGUAUUUUUGCUUGAAUUGAGAAAGGUGGAGGUUUUUGGCAUAAUAUUUAAUUUCUAGCUUCGCCUUUUUUUUUGCUUUAAGUUGUUUUUUUUUUUGGAAAUGAGUUAUUUUUAGGAAUUUGUGAUUCAAUUUUGAACAAAUUACGAGAACAAUGCAUCAUUUUGUCAAGUUACCAAUUUUUGAAAUUUAUUUCGUCAUUUUCCAACAAAUUUUCUAAUUUAAUUAGUUUUUAAUUAAAUAGAACAUUUUUUUGUUAAUUUUUAAAAUUUAAAUCAUUGGAAAUUGAAUGUUACUAGCUUCAAUUUUCAAACAAACUUUUCAAAUUACUGGCACAUUUUUUAUUUUUUGAACAAAUGUUUUUAAUUUAAAAAAUAAUUGAAAAUUGAAUUCCACAUUUUUUAGUUUUUGAACAGAUUUUUCAAUUCUAUGAAAAUUGAUUGCCACUUUUUUUAACGUUGUAGAUCUGAUUUUUCAAAUUUAUCUACAUAUUUGAUUGAUAUCUACUUAUGUAAUAAAUUCAACUUUUUCCAACAAAUUUUCCAAGUCAAGAUGGUAAAAUUGAAAAUUUUCUCAAAUUUUUGGUCAGUUUUUAAAAUUAAAAUUAUUAAAAAAUAAAUUCCACGUUUUUUAGUUUUUGAAAAAUGUUUCCAAAUUACAUGGAAGUUGAAUCGCUAUAUUUCUUAGAUUUUGAACAAAUUUUCUAUAAUUUCAUUAUCCGGUGAUUAAAUGACAAAUUUUUUAUUUUUUAAACAUGUUGGUUUUUCAAUAAUUAUUAAGAAUUAAAAAUUAAGUGCCAUUUUUUUCAUUUAAUAUUUAAUUAAUCAAGUAAUUGAAUUAUGAAUUGAACAUUUUUCAACAAAUUUUCCAAUUUAAUUAAUUUGCAAUUUAAAUGAGCAUCUCUUAGUUUUUGAUCAAAUUUUUAAAUUUAAAUAAUUGAAAAUCUGAAUAAGUACGUAGCACAUUCUUUUAGUUUUUGAACAAAUUUUCCAAGUGUAUUUUUGAACGAAUCUUCCUAUUCAAUUUAAUUCAAUUAAUUUAUUAAUAAUCGAAUUCUUAUGUUUUGGAUACCCCAUUUUUCAAUUUUUGAUGUGGAUUUUUCCAUUUUCUAAUUUCAUUACUUGACAAUAUUUAAAGAUAUAUUUUUUAUUGAGUUUCUUCCUUUUUAGUAAGGAUCUAUUGCACCCCCCCCCCCCGUCGAUCCGCUGGGACAACUUUUUUCUCAAAGUAGGAGUCCUAAGGAACAUUUCUAGCCCCUGUACUCGAAAAAAAAGUGGCACAACUUACAAAAUGGCGGCCAUUUUGAUUGACAGGUCAGCCGAAAUUGCAAAUUUUGCGUUCCAACAUAGGACUUGCACAAAAUUUUUCAAACCGUACAAAGGUAAAUCGAAAGAUCAGACAAAAGUUCAUCACCUGUAAGAAUUUCAAGUGCUAAAGUGCGUUUUUCGAUUUUUGAUGAAUUUUUGAAAAUCAAAUUUAGGUCAAAAAUGAGAGGAAAAAUCAAAAAUUUUACCAAAUUGACCAAAAAAGCUGAAAUUUAGGAAAUGCCCUUUUUUCGACAUGCCAAAUUGAUUGGAAACGGGUUCAAACUGUUUUGAGCAGUUCUGGAGCCUCCAGCAGAUUUUUGAAACUUGAAAUUUCCACAAAAUUUCGUCAAAAUGGACUUGGAAAGCGGAAAUUUAUUCUGCAAAUUAAUUUCAAUCCGCUACGAAGUCGACUGCAGGUGGAUUCAAAGUCGUUUUGGAGCCUCCAGCGACUUUUUGAAAAUUACUUGAGCCUCCAGCAGAUUUUCUAAAUUUUAAAUGUUUUCAAAAUUUCAUCAAAUGGAGAUGGAAAGCUGAAAUUUACUCUACACUCCAAUUUUAACACCCUCUGAAGACGACUUCAGGUGGGUUCAAGUCAUUUUGGAGCCUCCAGCUACUUUUUGGAAAUUUCAAUUUUCCACAAAAUAGCAUACAACCUUUCAAAAAGACGCUGGUGACUCCAAAACGACUUGAAAUCCACCAGCAGUCGACUUCGUAGCGUAUUGAAAUUAGUUUGCAGAAUAAAGUUCGACUUUCCAUCUCCGUUUCAAGUCUCAAAAAUCUGCUGGAGGCUCCAGUAAUUUUCAAAAAGUCGCUGGAGGCUCCAAAACGACUUGAAAUCCCCCUGCAGUUGACGUUGUAGCGUAUUGAAAUUAGUUUGCAGAGUAAAUUUCGGUUAUCCAACUCCAUUUGAUAACAUUUUGUGGAAAUUUCGACUUCUAAAAAUCUGCUGGAGGCUCCAGAACUGCUCAAAACUGUUUGAAACUGUUUCCAAUCGAUUUGGCAUGUCAAAAAUAGGGUAUAUCCCAAAUUCCAGCUUUCUUGGUCAAUUUGAUAAAAUUUUGAUUUUUCCCUUCAUUUUUGGCCUGAAUUUAAUUUUCAAAAAUUCACCAAAAAUCAAAAAACGCACUUUAGCACUUGAAAUUCUGACAGGUGAUGAAUUUUUGCCUGAUCUUUCGAUCUACCUUUGUACGAUUUGAAAAAUGUUGUGCAAGUCCUAUGUUGGAUCGCAAAAUCAGCGAUUUCGGCUGACCUGUCAAUCAAAAUGGCCGCCAUUUUGUAAGUAGAGCCACCUUCUUUUUGAGGACAAGGUCUAGAAAUGUUCCUUAGGACUCCCUCUUUAAGAAAAAAGUUGUCCCAGAUGAUCGACCGGGGAGGGGGGGUUCAAUAGAUCCUUAAGCGGGCUCCCCGACUAUUUAUUCUUGAUUUCCAAUUCCAAUUUUUAGUUUUAUUUUCAUUGAGAAAUGUCUUACUCAGAUAAAUGGUAGCUUCUUAAUUCUUCAAUUUGUCCAAUAAUCUUCAUGAUCUCUCAACCAGGCAGCUAAUCGUACCAUAAAUCUGCAUAUUAUAUGAAAGCUAUCCGAGUCGAAAAUACCAAUAAAAAUGUACACCAGCUUUAAAAUGGUAACUUGCCAUGGUAUGUUAAGUUGAUUGAUUGUAUUGUAAUUUGUAACCCGGUAGCUCUUAUUUCUUUUUCUUUUCUUUUUCUUUUUUUCUAAGUCAUAUAUAAACCAGAACAUAUACAUUGUGAUUUUGUAUGUUUACCUUCGAUAUCACUCUGAAAUAAAUUAUUAUAAGUAUUCACUCGUAAUAAUAUCUCAAAUUAAGAGUUACGUAUGUAUUUUUCUGCUCGGUGAAUAAAAUUUACCUACCCACUGUAAUUUUUAGAUUGCCUAACGUUACCUCGUUGUUUUUGUUGUGAAUUAACGAAAUCAACAUUAACUUAUUAAUUUAAUAAUCUGUAGGCCAAGUACUUUGUAAAUGUAAAAAGAAUUUAUAAAAGAUUUUUCAACACUCCGGUGAUGGAUUGUGUAUGUGUCUUUCCGAUUGCUACUUAAAUUUUAUUCGUAAUUUAUCUCGUUAUUAGCAAUUGCACAUCUCUCUACACAUCCUCUUUACUUCACAUUAGAUAUGUAAGUAGGUAUUUUGGUAGUUCCUAAAAAAAAGGGGAAAACGAUCAAUACAUAAUUUGGGGUUAAAUGUUAAAACUUGAAAGAAGUGAUAGCUUUAAAAUUGUUUUAAUUUUUCCUAAUUUAUUAUACUAAUGUAAUACUCUUUUUUUUCAUGUAUUAUGAUUGUGUAUAUGAAUUUUUUUUUUUCAUCAUUCUUGUUAAUAAGAUGUAUUAUAUUGUAGAUUUUUGUACGUACAUAAAUUGCGUUGUUGUUGUGUAAUUAAAAAAGCUUACGCCGAUACCGAAUUGUACCGCAUCUAGUUGUAGAGGGUUUCUUUAUUUUGUAUUUUUCUCGUGCGUUUUUUUUGUGCUUGUACUAUUUUUUUGUGUAACAUAUUCUCUCUCACUGUUUGUUUCUCGUUGUAUUUAUUAAUCGUCCAUUUAUUAUAUUGUUUUCCCUUUAUCUCUCUUUUUUUUGUGUAGUUUUUAAUUUUGUGAAUCGUGUAAUUUUUUUUUUAGAAGCUUUGAAACCGUAUGUUUUAUUGUAAUCGUACGGUUUGAAUAAUGAGGAUUUUUUUCCCGAUGUCAAAACGUUUUAGCGAUUUAUUUAGAAAUGUUUACGCCGUUAUAUUUGUCUUAAUUUAAUUUUGUGACUGUGUCAUUAAUAUAUUAUGUUGAAAAUAUAUUAUUUUCAAAUUUAA